GCAAGCAAUAGCAAAAAGGAUGACGAUGGAGGCAUUAACGCAACCUCGCGGGGGGCUCAAUUAUUGUGCUAAAGACGUUCCUAUUUGUUUGGCAACAAGUUCAGCCGAAGAUAUGGUUCAUAAAAUUGCCAAUCAUCGCGAGGUGUUUAGUUUACUUAGUCAUCGUGUUUGUGCUUCCACCGAUCCGGAAGUGAGGGAGGGUAAACCAGCUCCCGACAUAUUCCUAAUUGCUGCAUCACGUUUUCCCGGCAAACCGAAGCCACAGCAAUGCUUAGUUUUCGAGGAUUCACCGAACGGGAUAAUAGUGGCUUUUAAGGCUUCCAUGCAAAUGGUAAUGAUGCUCGAUGAACGAGUUUCAGUUGAAUAGAGUUACUUAGCCACACUACAUUAAAAUCACUACUUGGUUUCAAACCAGAAAUGUUUGGUUUACCGCCUUUCGCCAAUUAAUCAUAGCAAAGAGAAUUUCUAAAAAACUACAAGUGCUUUGU